GAACAGUGAACAGAUACCCGAGACAUAAUAAUCAGAGACGAAAGUGACGGACGGACGGAAGUACAUACUUCCCCAGACGUUUAGGCCGAGAAACCAAUUAAAGUGGAACGAAAAAAUGGUAAACAUUCUGCGUUUUGAACCAUGUUCAUUGUUGCAUCAUUAAAAGUAUUCUCGUGCAGCAUAUUCGACCAUUCUGUUUCUAGAUAUCAAUCAAUAGGAACAUACUAAAAAUCACCAUGUGCUCGUUGAUACCUGAUCGGAGAUUACCGUUUGGUAGGCGUCACCCCUGAUAUCAAAUGCCUGCCCCCGUACCAAAACACAGAGGCAUAGAUAGCUGCUUCGGAAGAUCAAAAACGAUGGAUACAUUGCCGAACACAAUUCGAGUUCGGCUGACAAAACGAGCGGACUCUGGACUUGGGUUCAUGGUAAAAGAGAACACAGAUGGUGGCGGAUCAGUGACUAUAUCGGAUCUGAUAUCGGGCGGAGUUGCUGAAGAGAGUGGACUCGUUCAAAUCGGAGAUACAAUCGUGCGUAUAAACGAAACAGAUUUUACUCAAUUGAGUUACUCCCAGGGGGUCUCUUUUCUUAAAACAAUCACACAAGGUAUAUCUUUGGUUAUGCUACUUAGGGGUCCUCCGGGGUGCUCCACUCAUUUAGAGACCAUUUUCAAUACAGAGGGGUCGCCAAGAACUGUCCGGGUAACCCAGCCAUUAUGCGGCAUAAAUGACGAGGUCCGUGUUAGCCCUAGUAAAGUUCAGAAAAGGGUCCCAGCACUUACACCUUCUCCUAUAAUGUCACCAGUUCUAGGCCACAGGCGCUUCAUUAGCCGUCACAAAAGUGCGCCAUCUAUACAGUUUGGCGGCGAUAACAGCAGCCCCGGGCACAGUCCGACGUUGGGUAAUGUACCAACUAAUCCUUUCGCUGAACACAAUGGCAUCGGAGCCAACCAAGAACACCGUCAAAGGAUUUUGAAGGAUAAUAGAGACGGUUCUCCUAAGAUAACCCUUACAAGAUCAGACACUUUAAGAAGGUCGAGCGUUGACGACGUUGCAUUUAGCUGUCACGUUAACGAACCAAAUCGUCCGGACUCGCCAAGUCUGGAAAUACAUCAGAAUAAAGAUGAACUAACAAUAAUAGUCAGAGGUGAAUUGAAGAUUCAACAACACAAUGACAAUAUGAAACUUGAAUCGGGAUUAACAGACAAUUGCGAUUUAAAUGUCAAAGAAAACGGCCACACAACUGUAAACGAUGUCAAUGGGGAUUCAAAUUCUAACGGUACGGGAGAAAACAACGACAAUUCAAAACCAGAUCACGAGCGUUUGUCUAGAAAGGACAAAGCCGUACGGAGAAACAAUACAAGUCCAGGUAUAUUAAAUCACCAUUCGAGUAUUAAAAGUCCCGUUCAUAGCCGAAAAAGCUCGCCAUCUUGCGACAGACGACGUAGGUCUGGUUCGUCACAAUGUGCGUCACGCCGGGGCUCCUCUGUGUCACAGACGCCCGUGCUAAAGAAAUACAUACGUGUGAAGAACGUCCAGGACGCCAGUAUUGGGUUCAACGACACAUUGCACCAGAAGUCAACUGAGGUAAGACUUUGGUGAAGAUUAAACAUAGUUAUGGUCAUUGGUUGAUGCCACAUAAGAGGACUCAAGAUCGCAAAUUCUUUACCAGAGGGCCGAUAUUUCUUGAGUGUGACACAUUUAUAGCUUAUGGUCAUGCGCAAUAAAUGUCAUUUCACGAUCAUGAUCACCUGAAAGACCCCUCAACUACAAUUCUUGAGUAACAAUCACUCAAUUUUAAAACCUUCUCAGGAUUUCUAUCCGAAUUGUUGUCGUAAAUUAAAGUUGUCGCCCAGAAAGAUCACGUUAUCACAAUCAGAUUACGUCGCCCUUAAUAAAUCAGAAAAAGCAUUACGGUCUCAAGUAGGCCUAUGUGUCUUUUAGAG